GUUAAAUUCUAGUUCACUUCGAACAGUCCAAUCGUGCAGAAGGUGAAUAUCAACUCCGAGCAUGCAGUGCAAAUGGCUGCAGAUUUGUUGCCUUUGUGCAGCCUUACAGUUCCAGUUCAUUGAAGGACAUCCUGAUUGGACCCAUUCAAAUCCAGACACAAAUCAAAGCAGAAAAUCAAUUCCCAAAUCGGACACGGACACCAUCAUUUUUGCAUACAAUGAAGAACACAACAAUGACAGACAAGCACAGAAAAACCUCGAUAUCACCACAGUUUACCAACAGCACUACGAAACGAGUACCCGUCCAGGAAAAAUAGACCCAAAAAGCUAUCAUGGGACCCAUUCAAAUCCAGACACAAAUCAAAGCAGAAAAUCAAUUCCCAAAUCGGGCACGGACACCAUCAGUUUUGCAUACAAUGGAGAACAACAAGCACAGAAAAACCUCGAUAUCACCACAGUUUACCAACAGCACUACGAAACGAGUACCCGUCCAGGAAAAAUAGACCCAAAAAGCUAUCAUGGGUCGCAAUCAACAAGGCACAUUUGCAACGUAGUCACGGAGCACUAUGAUUGUCAGAUUAACAAUGUGCAUUUAAAAAACGGAGAAUUCCAUGAUUUCGGGCUGGAGCAUAAUCCUCAACAAAAAUUGACAUUUCGAGACUCCACAUUAGAGUAUCUUCCCAAAUCAUUGAUCGAUGCGUUCCCUCGUGUGACCCUCCUGAAUCUCAACAGUCUUAUCAUUACCUCGAUCCAACAAAAUGCAUUUGAAAGGGCAGCAAACCUUCAAACGAUGUAUCUUGAAAAUAAUCGUCUAACUCGUAUUAAUCCUAGCGCAUUUAGAGGGGCGAAUAAUUUACAAACACUGGUGCUGUCAAAAAAUGAAAUAACAUCAAUCGAUUAUUCGCCUCCUAAUUUGAAAUUUCUUUACUUGGAUCAAAAUCAAUUGGAUUCGUUACCAGCGUUCACUGCUUAUCUACAAUUUUUGAAUGCAUCACAUAACAACAUUGCGUCAAUCAAUGAUAAUCACUUCCGCAAUCAAAGACACCUCAAAACACUAGAUUUGUCAUUCAACCGACUGAAGCGAUUGAAUUUGCAACAACUUGUUGCUAACCUUGAUCUAGUCAAUGUGAGCUUCAACGACUUGACGGAUUUUAUCAUGCCACCACAUGUGACCCGUUUAGAUGCCAGAAAUAAUUCCCUAACGGAAUUCGUAGUAGGCCAACAGUGCACCCUUGUAAAUUUAAUCCUCGCCCGGAACAAACUCGAUACAACACCAGAGCUGCAAACUUGUCUUUCAAUGGAAUAUUUGGAUCUGUCUAACAAUUUGUUGGAAGUAUUUGGAUUUCGACCAUGGAUGGCAAAUUUACAAUAUCUUAUUUUGGCGCAUAAUAAUUUGUUUGAAAUGCAUACAAAUAAAAUUCCCCCAAAACCAUUCAGUUUAAAAGUACUUGAAUUAUCUCAUAACAAACUUUCUUACGGACCUUCUUUAAACGUAUUUAAGAAGCUGGAAUGGGUGGGCUUAAACGAUAACAAUCUUAUUUCAUUGAAGUCUUAUGUAAAUAGAUCACACACCCAUAGCCUUCAAUAUCGAAUGUCAAAUAAUGAGUGGAGCUGCAGCGAAAUUAAAAAGUUUGAAAGCUCGACUGUCGAUAAAAAUAAGAACCUAUGUGCAGCGGAGAUGCGGAAUGAAAAUGGCAUUUGCUGUAGAACUUACUUAAAGCCAUACAACGAUCGAUUGAACCAGAUCUUGCGGGAAGCUGACUUCCAUGAACGUGCAAAUCAGAAAAAAUGCCCGAAACCAGUAUCAACUACUAGCAAUCAAAUAACCGAUGAAGUUCGAAAUGCAAUCGCCAGUGCUAAUGCUGAAAAUGCUGACAAACUUAGGGAGAUUGAGAACGCUAGGAUUCUGGCAAAUAAAUGGCAAAAAGCAUUGGAAGAGGAAAAAGCUAAACGAAAUCGUCUCAACAGUUCUAAGCGCAAUGUGGCUAAUGAAAUUGAGAAGCAGCGACAAUUCCAUCGCGUGACAAAGGAAGGAUUGAUAUCAAAUAAGGAAAUGUUAGAGCGGAUCAUCAAAUUCGUUCAGGAGAAAGACACAUUUAACAGAGGCCUACUGUCAAGGCGUCAACAAGAUACCGAAGAUGCAAACCGUUUGCUUGGCGAAAAGCAGCAGGAAAUUAGUGAACUGAAAGACAUAAUCUCAAAUCUGCAGAGAAUGCACACGGCAUUGAAAAAGGAAGAGAAAGCCAAGAAGCAGGAGAAGGACAUGCUCGAGAAGAAAGUUAACAAAAAUGCAGCAUCCAUUCAUGGGGGCUCGGGGAAAAUAUCCUAGUGAAAGCUCAUGAAUUUAUUCAACACAUAAUAAAAUGUCAAAACAAAUUCAAC